AUGCAGGACACACCGAGAACAAACCCAUACGCAGCAUCUCCCUUCUCAUACGCACAAGCACAACAAUACGUUCAAUCUCUAGCAGGCACUGGGACAUUUGGCUUCCCUCCGCCACCUCCAAUCCCAGAGCCAUCGCCUAUCCGCAUCUUCAGAUGGCCAACUCGCUCAUCCCGCAGCGGCAACUCUACACCAAGUGUCUUCUCCGGAUUCCGCACACCCAAGACGCCUACUCGCGCUUUAUCUCGGGCUUCUCGAAGUACCGUGUCAUCCAUGCUAUGGCACGGCCGCAGAGACGUCGCUCGAAGAACCAUCAUUCGUACUCCCGGAUCUCAAAAGUCAGCAAAGUCAGCAAGGUCUCGUACCAACAUUUCUUCUCACAGCCCUGAGAGCACGAUGCCCGAGGGCCUACAUACUCCCAUUCUGGAUUGGCUUCACUGGAUCCGAGGCCACCAACAGGUCGAGCCCGACCCAGAGAUGAACCAUCGAAAGAGCUUCGCCAGCACCACGGAGAGCUCGAUUUCUGAAACAAGCGUUGCAAGCACAGCUAGCAGCGGUGUCUUCUCGCCCACACUCCUUUCCUACCAUCCUCCGGCCAACACGCCGAGUGUCACAACCGAGACCAUUCAAUAUCUACCGCUGCCUUUAUUUAAGAAAAGAGCCAGUGAUAGCAAUAGCGAGGUUACGGUGGAAGCGUCCGGUACGGUCCGCAUCCCAAGUUUUGGAUGA